CUCUCUCUCUCUCUCUCUCUCUCUUCGUAUCUCCAUUCUUUCCCCUCUCUUAUUUCUUCCCCAAACCCAUCUCUUAGAACCCUAGCCCCCAAAUUCACGGCAACAAGAAAGGCAAGUCGACAAUGAGGACAACGACGAGUGCGGCUUCCAGAGUUGUCAAACAGCCUUGAACCCAUGAUUUGAAGAUAUGGCCCAUACCGAUAAUCAAUAAACUGGAAUUAUGACUACAUGGGACAUUUGGGCUGGACCGAUUUAUGGUGCGUCCUAAUCCGACCCCCAAACAAGGCUUCUCGUUUAUGCACAGAGACAGCAAGCAUGAGGAUCAUGGUAGCUAUCAAACGGGUCAUCGAUUACGCCGUCAAAAUCCGGGUCAAGCCCGACAAGAGUGGUGUGGAGACCUCGAAUGUAAAGAUGUCGAUGAACCCCUUUUGCGAGAUAGCAUUAGAAGAGGCACUCCGGAUUAAGGAGUCGGGCCGGGCCUCUGAGGUGGUGGCUGUCAGUGUGGGCCCUGCUCAAUGUGUUGAUACUCUCCGAACUGGGCUCGCUAUGGGUGCUGAUCGGGCAAUUCACGUGGAGUUCCCGGGCACCCUUUACCCUCUUUCCAUUGCCAAGAUUCUUAAAGCUCUUGUUGAUGCUGAGAAGCCCGGCCUUCUUCUUCUUGGGAAACAGGCUAUUGAUGAUGACUGCAACCAGACAGGCCAAAUGAUUGCAGGGCUUCUUAAAUGGCCGCAAGGAACCUUUGCCUCCAAGGUUGUACUUGACGAAGAAAAUAAAGUAGCAACAGUGGACAGAGAGGUUGACGGUGGCCUCGAGACAUUGUGUUUGGACUUGCCUGCCGUAAUCACCACCGAUUUGAGACUGAACCAGCCCCGAUAUGCGAGUCUUCCAAACAUCAUGAAAGCAAAAUCGAAGGUGAUAAAGAAACUCACUCCCCAGGAUUUGAACAUCGAAAUCAGAUCUGACUUGGAGGUUGUUCAAGUAACAGAUCCCCCAAAGAGAAAAGCAGGUGUGAUACUCUCUUCAGUAGACGAACUGAUCGACAAGUUAAAGAAUGAAGCCCGAGUUCUUUGACUAUGUAAACUCACCAAGUAUCAGUGCCUUAACAAUUGUUCAGCAAUUGAUGUACAAGAAUAACAUGGAUUUCUUGUCAGUAAUUAUCAAAGUGUCCAGUUGAAGAUUAACCUGUGGGCGGGGUGAAGGCCAUGUUUGUACAAGUAACAUUUUGAGCAUGAUGCAAGAUUUCCAUUGCUUGUAGAUUUCUCCUUUCUUUCCUUAA